GCCAUUCUUUCAGAAUACGCCAACCGUUAAGCAUGGAAGUGGAUUCCGGAAUCGACGUAGAGAUGUUCGAGGAGAGGAGCAAAGGUACAAAAAGGCCUCUACAUGUGAGUAAUAUCAUCUAUCUCUCAAUACUUGUAGAACUGUACUAUUUAAAAAUGGAUUACAAAAAGGAUUAUUAUUCUAUUAGAAUGUUGCACGCAAUUGCUUAUAUAAAUAUAUGUACAAUUUCUUAGUUAUAAAUAUUUCUAUAUGCCAAUAUAUCGAAUGUUGUAGGUAAUAUAUAUAUAUAUUAGUUUAUACAUAUAUAUAGCUCGAUAAAUAUAUGUAUAUAUAUGUAUAUAUACAUAGAAUCUUAUAUGGUUAAAUGUAUAUAUGUUGUCCAUUUUACAGAGUAUAUAUACAUGUUAAUAUAGAUAUAUAUAGUGUGCGCUUGAAUUUAAAUAUGUAUUCGUCCAUAUAGUUGUGUAAUUGUAAUAUAACAAAUCUAGAUACACGUGCAAAAAUUAUUGGCUUUUUUUCUUAUUCGGGUUGAUUAGUUCUUUGCUCGUUUUUAAUGUUUUCUUCAUAUUCCUCUUCAUUUGCUCUUUGCAUAGAUAAUUGACUAGAUUUAUUGCAUAGGAUUAAUUACACUGGAGAUAGUAGAACCUUUUAAAUGAUUCAAUAUUCAUAAAAGUGUUUACCCAUUUAGGAUGAUGAAGAAUUCUUUAUGACGAAACGUUUUAGGGGUAACUCAACGUCACCUUUAAUUUCAUUUUCGCCAAAUUCGAUUAAUUCAUCUCCGGAAUCGAAGACGAGUAUUUUAACCGAAGAUAUGAUAUGCGAGGAAGAAGAUUCGAGCUUUUCUGAAUAUAUGGAGGAAACAUUUACACAUAGGAAAGGUAUCGAAGACAGACAAACAGCUAAAAUAGAAAAUUGCCUCAAAGGUCAGACAAUGGUUAGUGCGGAUGGUAGGAAAGUCCUCGUCGAAUGGUUGGCCAAAGUUCAGCGUCACUUGAAUUUAUCGUUCGAAUCGUUUUUCUUGGCCGUCGCCUUAGUAGAUAGAUUUUUGAAGACGACGCCAAUUUCAAGCGAUUGUUUACAAUUAACCGGUAUUACAGCACUACUAGUCUCUUCCAAAAUGGAAGAUAUCUAUCCACCUCUCAUAGCCGAUCUUAUUCGUCUCUCAGCCAAUGCCUAUACGCGAGUCCAUGUGAUUAUGAUGGAACGGUACAUGUUAAGCCGUCUUAGAUUCGAUAUAGCUACUUCAACACCAUUAUUCUUUUUCGAUUGGUAUUCAGCAAAAAUGAGGACGGUAAGCGUAUCAAACGAAAAAAUUGCAAAAUCCAGAGCCCUAGCAAGAUUCAUUCUGGAGAAAGCUAUAGCCGACUACGACUUAUCGCAAUUACGAGCGUCUCAUUUAGCAUUAGCAACGUUGAAAUUGGUAAAUGACGCUUUCCUUAUACCGGCAUUUGGUAUCACAAGCAUGUGUGAAACAGACACGUUGAAGACGAUUAUUCGUUUAGAAAUAGUAAUGAAAGAGAAUUUAAAAGAAACUCCCCUUGAUAAAGUCUACAGCAUUUAUUCGUUGGAUUGA